UCCCCGCCCCCGUUGGGUACAUGGUUUCCACUUUACAGUUCUCUUCUUCUUCUUCUUCUUCUUUCCAAGACGAGCUCUCUUUGGAUCUCAUCCAUGGAUCAGAAGCUCUUGUCCAAAGUCUUAACACGCUAUGCUAUAGCUAGCCGAUCUUACCACACGAAUCGGUUGAAAAAGGCCACUCUAUAUGCGAAAAUUAGUCCACUAGGCGAUCCUAGCAUCAGCGUGGAGCCGGAGCUCGACUGUUGGGUUCAGGAAGGGAAGAAGGUACGAGUCGCUGAGCUUCAGAGAAUCAUUCACGACCUUCGUAAGCGCAAGCGUUUUACCCAAGCUCUUGAGGUGUCCGAAUGGAUGAAGAAAAACGGUGUCUGCAUAUUUUCACCCACCGAGCAUGCGGUGCAAUUGGAUCUGAUUGGCCGAGUAAGGGGUUAUCUUUCUGCUGAAAGCUAUUUCAGUCAGUUGAAUGAGCAAGACCAGACUGGUAAAACAUAUGGUGCUCUCCUGAAUUGCUACGUUCGGCAGAGGCAAGUGGAGAAAUCCCUCUCCCAUUUGCAAAAAAUGAAAGAGAUGGGUUUUGCAACUUCACAGCUCACUUACAAUGACAUUAUGUGUUUGUAUACAAAUGUUGGCCAGCAUGAUAAGGUUCCUGAGGUGCUAGCAGAGAUGAAAGAGAAGAAUGUUUCUCCUGACAACUUCAGCUACAGAAUCUGCAUCAAUUCGUAUGGUGCAAGACAUGAUCUUGAGGGGAUGGAGAAUGUAUUGAAGGAGAUGGAAUCUCAACCUCAUAUUGUCAUGGACUGGAACACUUAUGCAGUAGUUGCAAACUUCUUUAUAAAAGCUGGUCUUACUGAUAAGGCAGUUAACGCCUUGAGAAAAUCAGAAGAGAGACUGAAGAGUAAGGAUAGAAUUGGCCAUAACCAUCUGAUCUCCCUUUAUGCCACCUUAGGGAACAAGGAAAAGGUGUUGAGAUUGUGGAAUCUGGAUAAAACUGGUACUACGAGAUUCAUCAAUAGGGACUACAUCACAAUGCUUGAAUCUCUGGUAAGGCUAGGUGAACUUGAAGAAGCUGAAAAGGUGCUGAAAGAGUGGGAAUCAUCUGGGAAUUGCUAUGAUUUUCGAGUUCCUAACACUGUCAUUGUUGGAUACAUUGACAAGGGAAUGUGUGAGAGAGCUGAAACACUGCUUGAAGACUUGAUGGAGAAAGAAAAGGCUACCACACCAAACAGUUGGGGUGCUGUGGCUGUUAAAUAUCUGGACCAGGGCGAGAACAAAAAAGCUGUAGAGUGUAUGAAGGCAGCCCUUUCUCUAAAUAUGGAUAAAGGAUGGAAGCCUAAUCUUCGUGUGAUCACAAGUGUAUUGAAUUGGCUUGGUGAUAAGGGCAUUAUAGAAGAAGUAGAAGCUUUUGUAAGCGCAUUGAGGUCUGUCAUUCCAGUGAACAGAGAGAUGUAUCAUGCCUUGAUAAAGGUUUAUAUAAGAGCUGGGAAAGAAGUAAAUGAGCUGUUAAAUCAAAUGAAGUCUGAUAAAAUAGAUGAAGAUGAAGAAACACAGAAAAUUCUUGGCACUUGGGAAGAAACAACUGAAGGCCCUCAACCGAUUAUUUUGUCCCCCUAGUUGUAGACUGUCUUCACCAUCGCUCACUCCGAACAUAAACAAAGGUAUGAUCUCGUAUAUUUUAUUACUACUUCAAUCGUAUUAACAUACACUAUGGUCUAACUGCACUUCUUUUUCUUUCGUGUAAGACCCAAACUAAUCGAACAUACCUUUCGUAACUAGUUCGAGGUUUGUAAGUUUUAAGUUCGGAAUGAUCUUCGUUACUGUCUAUUCUUUCUUCUACUUGUUGGGGUCUGUUUACUUCAAAUGUAUUAUGGUUAUGUAUUUUAGACUUGUAUGUUGGACAUUUUCCCACAUUUUCUCCCUUGUGAGAAUGUGAGAUUUUUUUCCCCUCUGUUGCUUGAGGAAGACUAUGUCGAACACAAAGUUAUUAGGAAA